AUGAGCGCGUCAGCAAUCGUCGGUCCCGGUGGGGAGAGCGAGAUCCCAUCUUGUCAGGGGUGUCGUCGUCGAAAGUUGAGAUGUUCGCGUGACAAGCCGACGUGCAAUCAUUGCCAAAGGCUAGACUCGCCUUGCGUUUAUGAUGCGAAAAAGAACAAGCCCGGGAUGAAACCCGGCGUCAUCGAGUCCCUAAGCCGGAGAGUUGAUGCUCUUGAAAGCACGGUUUAUGACAGCUCACGGCGAGAUAACGAUGACCUGCCAAGUGCCCCGUUAUCGGAUACCUCGCAGCUCGUAGGAGCGUUCUCCAGUCUGAUCCAGGAACUGCGAGGUCUAGUUUCGGCUCCCAGAACUGUAGCACCAGUACAAGCCAUUCACUCGUCACCAGAGGCGUUGCAUCAAACAGCUCCAACACCAGCGCAGUUCUCUUCGGUCACCGAGGUAGCAGUUGUCUCACCCAGCCAUAAAGAAUCUCAUUCUGGGCACCAACCUUCUCGCAAGAGGCGGAGAGUUGACAGUUGUGGCAACCCAAACAUCGAAUUGGCAAGUCAGCUUGGCGAACUUGGCGGCAGCUCAAGUCAAUUACCACCUCCAGAGCUCCUCGAAGAAAUCGUUACAGCCUACUUCAACCUUAUUCAACCAUGGAUCCCCGUACUGCACGAAACUCGAUUCCGAAGCCGAUUCUACAACCAUGAGCAGUUGCCUCCUCUAGCCGUUCUCUUGCAUGCCAUCGUCGUCGCCGCUAUCCGGUUUGUCGACUGCGAUAGCCAUCAACUGUCGACUCAAGAAGUGGAGGCUUGGAUGGCGAGGUCUAGAAGCAUUGUCAUACUCUCUGCAAUGGAUGGGCUUUCCAUGGGUAGUGGUGAUGUCUCGAGAGCUUGGCCCAGCGUUGGCUCGCUCACAAGAACCGUCGAAUAUUUGCAACUCAGCGUCGAGGCCGACGAUCGACAAGAGAGACCACUUCUGAAGCCUCUCCCUUCAAUACCACCUUCGAAGAAUUGGACACAGGAUGAAGAGCGACGGAGGGUCUUCUGGAAUAUCUUCAACCUGGACAGACUCUGUUCCGUCAUGACUGGAUGGAACACUAGUCUGACAUCCGAUGACGUCCGCAGGAGACUACCAGCCGAUGGAGGUCUGUGGCAUAAGGAAGAAACCGUGUUGACUCCGUACUUUGGCAUAUGGGACCGCUCUGCAGCCAGAAUCGGCAACUCGAUCGUCUUUCUACCCGCACACUAUCCAAGUCCCGAACAAACCACAGACGCGCCGGCAGGCCCCGAGACACCGUUGACUACCCCAACUGUGCCGAAAGGAACUACGACAGUGGAUAUGUCAACCGUGGGGGCAUUCGCCUACUGCAUUGAGGCAACCGAGUCCCUCAGCCAAGUCACGACUUAUUUUCUGCAACAGAGGAUAAACUUUAAAGACCGCCAAGAGGUUAGCAACUGGCUCACAAGGUUCAAAGAGCUCGACUUGCGGCUUGUCCAUUGGAAGAUGUUUCUCCCCCAAAAGUGGAAGGACUCAAAUAUCUCUCGACGACCAACAAUCAUCAACAUGGAUCCUAACCUGACUCUCGCUCAUAUCACACACAACACUUCGAUGAUUCUCCUCCACCAACAAAUCGCAUACCCAGCGCCCCAGUGGACAACGAUUGUCCGAAUGCCCAGUGCCCACAGCGCGGAAACUUGCCAAAUCGCAGCAUCCGAGACAGCAACAAUCACUCAGAAGUAUCUCAAGUAUACCCCAAACAACAGUCCAGUCAAUAGCCAAUUUUCUUUCUGUGUCUUUGUAAGUGCUCGUUCGCUCCUCGUGCACUGGCGGUACUACAAAACGGAUCUGGCACCCGAAUUCUGGCAACUCGUUGAGAGUCUUGAAGAGAUGGCAAAACGCUGGGUCGGCCCAAUCUUCAAAGAGAAACACAGGCAUUCGUUGGCCGGGAAGUAUAGUGCCCAACUGCGCGCUCUGCACAAGAAAUGCGAGGAGCACCCGGACUUCUCCCUCGACGUUCUUGGAUACUCCACCGACGGAUUUCUCUCAGCGGAAACUGAAGUAGACCCUGGUCAUGAGGCAUCUCAAGGCCAAGAUGGCACUCUUCCAAAGCCCCAGGAGGCACAGCCGGUUCACCAACCGCAGCAUCUUGACUCCACCAUCAACAACGUUCCAACAACAAUGCCAAUGGGGCAACUCAACUCCUUAAUACAAGCAUCUCCCACCAAUCAGAAUAACGAGCAGCAUUCACCUGACGAGCUGUCUGCCAUUUCGACCGUCUUGAUGGAUCAGGGAUUUAUGCAGCUGGACCGAGUAAUCAGCUUUGAUGACAUGCUCUUUUCGGCACAGACUGCAAAUGAUCAAGGCGGCCCGUUUCAGGUGGACAAUUGGACGUUGGGGUAG